UAAUUUUCUUACCUUUUCUGCCCAAAAUCACUGUUUGGUUGCCGAGAAACUGUUGGGAAAGAAGAAGGAAGAAUAGUUGUAGUUAAGUUUGCUGGUAAACCGUAUUAGGAGUUGAAAUGAGUUUUCUCAGCGGAAAAUUGAAGCUAAUGGAGGAAAUUUGAAGAUCCUGAACUUGACUACUUUAGUUCAAGUUUUGGUUGGAAUUAGAGUUGGGAUUUUUGGGGUUGUGAGUAGAUAUUGCUGCUGCCAUUUUUGGUCAACAACUUCCUCAAAUCAUGCAUUAAUUUCAUUCUUUUAUUUAUUAGUUUGCAUGUUGUUUGAUUAUAAUACUAUUGUUCGACCCACCUCUUACCAGCUGUUUAAGCUUGGAAUUAGUAUUUAUAAUGCAUGUUCUUUAUAAUUGUACUCCUUUUUAAUUUCUUUUGUGACACUUAUAGAAUCAAGUUCUUCAAGUUCUCUGCAUUUACUUUCUUUAUAUGUAAGUAAUAGCUUUUGAAGUUUCAUUAGGUUUCCAUAUCUGAAUCUAAACCCACAUAUGUACUUCCCCAGAACAGUUUUAUGUACUUGAAUGAGUUUACUUUUCAUUUUGUUAUGAGGGGUUGUCACUGAAUUUUUCUCAAUAUUUUUCAGGUAUGUUGGGGUGCUUGAGAGUCAUCCAACAAUCAGAGGCGGUUUUUCAAAAUGGCCCUGAAACUUUUCACUAAAUGUCAAGCAGAAACAAGGAGACUGAUUUGGAUUAUUGGGUUGAUGUUUACACUGGUUUUAAUCUUUCAGUACUUUGAACUCCCAUAUGGUAUUUUUCUUCCAUCUAUAUUUCCAUCUGCUAAGGUACCUGUAGUGGAAGAAAGUAGUCUGCAAAAUGCAGAUUUGCUACCUAAUUAUAAGAUUAUAGGUGAUAAUAGCUCACUUUCCAAUAACACUCACUCAACUCAGGUUAAUGAUACAAGGAUCUCUGGUUCUAUAUCAGAAGAAUCCUUGGGUUUAGAUGAGGGUAAUACUACUGGUAAGGAGUAUUUAUCUGGGGAUUUGGAAAGACAAAACAAAACUGAGAAGAAAACAGAGAAUUUGAAAGAUGUAGAUAAUGGACUUCCGCAAGAGGAGGCCAAACAGCCUGAGCUGACCUUCCAUGAAAAGAUCAACACCACAAAUAUUAGUUUUUCGAAUAAUGAAACAACUAUUACAACUUCUGAUCAGAAUGGAACCUCAUUUGCUGGUUCUCCCACCCCAGCUAAUUCCAACACCUCUUUAGUAGAGAAAAAAGAAAAUUCUGAGCCAGAGCAUACUGAGCUCAAACAAAAGGACAAUAGUUCUUCCAUGACCACAGCCCCACAGAUUACUAACAAGCCCAAGACUCCGGUGUUGGAUGUUUAUUCGCUAUCUGAUAUGAACAAGAUGUUGCUUCAGAGUCAGGCCUCAUACUAUUCAGUGAUUCCAAAGUGGCCCUCAGCAGCUGAGCGUGAAUUGCAGGCUGUGACAUUACAAAUUGAGAAUGCACCAAUAGUAAUGAAUGAUCCAAAAUUAUAUGCUCCUCUUUAUAAAAAUAUUUCCACAUUCAAAAGGAGUUAUGAAUUAAUGGAACAGACUCUCAAAGUUUACAUUUACAAGGAAGGAGAUAGGCCUAUACUACACACACCAGUACUCACAGGGUUAUAUGCUUCUGAAGGAUGGUUUAUGAAGCAGAUGGAGAAUAAUAAACAAUUUGUUACUAAAAAUGCAAAGAAAGCCCACCUGUUUUACUUGCCUUUUAGCUCUCGAAUGCUAGAGGAAACCUUAUAUGUAGUUGAUUCACAUAGUCAUAAGAACCUUAUACAGUUUCUGAAGAAUUACGUGAACAUUAUUGCUGCAAAAUAUCCAUACUGGAACAGAACUGGAGGGGCUGACCAUUUUCUUGUUGCUUGCCAUGAUUGGGCUCCUUCAGAGACAAAGCAAUAUAUGGGGAAGUGCAUUAGGGCCCUAUGCAAUGCUGAUGUGAAAGAAGGUUUUGUAUUUGGCAAAGAUGUGUCUCUUCCUGAAACCUAUGUUCACUUGCCUAAAGAUCCCCUUAGAAAUCUUGGAGGCAAGCCUGCUUCAAAGAGGUCAACACUAGCAUUCUUUGCAGGGAGUAUGCACGGUUACGUUCGGCCAAUUCUGCUGCAGCACUGGCAAGAUAAAGACCCCGACAUGAAAAUCUUUGGCAAGUUACCUAAGAAGAAGGGAAACAAGGUGUAUGUCAACUACAUGAAGAGCAGCAAGUACUGUAUAUGUGCAAAAGGCUACGAAGUCAACAGUCCUCGAGUUGUAGAAGCGAUUUUCUACGAUUGUGUUCCGGUGAUCAUAUCUGACAACUUUGUGCCUCCAUUUAUAGAAGUUCUUAACUGGGAAUCCUUCGCGGUGUUUGUGUUGGAGAAAGAUAUUCCCAACUUGAAGAAUAUACUACUUUCAAUCCCAGACAAGAGGUAUAGAAGGAUGCAGAUGAUGGUGAAAAAGGUACAAAAACAUUUUCUGUGGAAUCCUAAGCCUGUGAAAUAUGAUAUUUUUCACAUGCUACUUCACUCUAUUUGGCACAAUAGACUUCACCAAAUAAGACCCAUAUAAAUAGGAAUAAUCUACAUUAUAUUUUUUGGAGCUUGGUUAGGCAGAAUAAUAAUACCCUUGUGGAAAAUGAAGCUAGAGGUGAAAAUGAAGGGUGGAGUGGAGGUUCUGAAGAUUUUAAUAUAUGAGUAAUUAUCAAUUUUUUAAAAUGUACAUAUAGAGGGACAUAAAUAAUGAAGUGGUAAAAUAGAGCAAUUAUGUUCUCUGUUUUUGGCUAAUUGCAUAGUCAAGCACAUUCAUUUAUUAUGUACCUUGUUUCCAAACAUAUACAUAAAUUAUAUUUGAUAGUGAUAUGAAAGUUGAGGUUUUUCCAUGAAAA